ACCGUGAAGAAGUGAAGGACUCGGUAUUAACUCCAUUCCUGCAUUAUGACCAGUUUUUUCCAAUAACAUCACGCUCAAAUCAUCAUAGCAUACUCAAUCAAUUUAAAAUUGCCCACUGUUUACCUCGUCCCUUGAUAAAAAGCAAUUACCCUAUCAAGAUGUCACGACCAGAGUGGUGGCCCGGCGAGGACCAGGAUGCCUUUACAGCAUGGGCCAUGGAACGCGGAGUUGAGGCCUUUGGCGUCGCUCCAGCCCGUUUCCCAGGUCGAGGACUGGGAAUGAUAGCCACUCGAAAAAUCAAGAAAGGAGAAGCCGUUGUUCAAGUCCCCACCAGCGUGAUCCUGACAAUGGAAAAAAUCCCUUCCUCAUUCAAGGACCAGUUCCCCGAAGGCUCUGCGGUGCAGACUAUCCUGGCGGCCUACUUUACCCAUGGAAGUGAGGAAGAGCUGGCAGACUACGAACUAUGGCGUAAAGCUUGGCCGACACGUCAAGAUUUUGAAGACAGCCUGCCACUUCUGUGGCCCCGAGUCCUUGGUGGUCUUCCUUGGCCUGACAGUGAGGCAGAGAGCCAAGACAACGGUUCUACAAGCCAAUCUAACUUCCUGACUCCUUGUAUCUCUGGGCGGUGGAACUCGGUUGACAAGGGGAACCCCUUCAAGCAGUAUGAGAGCGAGCACCGGAAUCUUCUUCUGGGCCAGGAAGUUCGCCUAGGAAAGGCGUGGACAGAUGUUACCACUGCACUGCCUGAUACUGAUUGGCGGUCUUUCUCGUAUCAUUGGCUUAUCCUUAAUACAAGAAGUUUCUAUUGGGUUGGUGAGGGUCAGGAACCGCCUGAAGACAGGAAUGAUGCUAUGGCCAUGUUGCCCUUUGCGGAUUACUUCAAUCAUUCGGAUGUUGAGUGUGAUGUCAAAUUCGAUCCAGAUGGAUACACCCUGCGAGCAACAGAAGACUAUGAAGAGGGCGAUGAGGUGUACAUGAGCUAUGGUGGACACCCGAAUGACUUCCUGUUGGCAGAAUACGGGUUCUUCUUGGAGAAAAAUGACUCUGACUGCCUUUACCUUGACGAUAUUAUCUUCCGUGAUCUCAACACCGCCGACAAGCAAGAGGAGCUGUGGCUGAAUCAAUACUACGGUAACUACCAACUGAUUUCCCAAGGGGUCUGCUACCGCACCGAAGUCGCGGCAGCUCUAGUGUACAUGAACGAAGAGGAUUGGAGGAACCACGUUCUCGAAGGCUCGACCGAGGGGGUAGAUGAGAAGAAGUCGGAAACCAUCAUCAAAGGAUGGAUUCAAACAUAUGCUGCCGAGGCGGAUGCAACUAUGGAGUCGUUGCGGUCGACGAUGCAAUCAGAUGCUGUGGUGCAAGCUCAUCGCCAAAAGGCGGAGACGCUGUUGCGGCGAUGGGGCCAGAUCAAGGAGAUCUGCGAAAGCGCGCUAAAGGCCAUUGACCUGUAAUGAGGAGGCUUGGUUACCCUCCAGCUGUGAGAAAAGGGAAUAUGUUCACGAAGAAUAGAAACGAUGCUGCUAGAGCACAAGGAUCGAAGUACCCCGUAUGCCUUAAGCAUAUUUUCCCUUGUCACCAGAGAGAAUGACAUUGUCAAGGUCGAUCGGGACUGCGCUGGCCUCCCUGUGAUUGAUGAUAUACAUCCUGCUCAGCACCAGCUGCUGAACCAUGUAGUUCAGCACGCAUUUCAUGCCUAGCUCCUCGCCACGCUUUACAAUCCAUCCGUUCAAGAAAUCAAUUUCCGUGUUUCGCUGGUAAUGUAAAUCGUUGCGGAUAGAGCUAGUGUCUUCGGGGCGGUUCGAGGCAACGUUGAGGAUCAGUCUGCGCAGACGCUCUGGCGAAAACCGAUCCUCAAUUCCUGGGAUGCCACGCAACUCGGGAAGAGCGCAGAUCACACUAGAGAUCUCCAAGAGAAGCAGUCGCAUGGUGCGAGAGACUGGAAAGUUGUACAGAAGUUCGCGAUUCUUGCAAUCGUGAAUCGCACCGAGAGAGCUGAGAACGCAACCAACGGCCAGUCUUUCCAGCUGGUAUUGCAAAAGGCCAGCGGGCGUGUCGGCAGUGGCGACAAGCGAAGGCGUGAGGGUCAAAAGGCGGAGGAGGUACUUUGUUGUAGGAGCCCAGUGUGUGUCCUUCUCGGCUUCGAUAAGCGGGGUUUGACCAGUGACCACUGGGCUGAGGACUAAGGACCCAACGUUCACGUGGCCAACCCUGUAAGAGUCUUGUUUCUUCAGACCGUGGCUGAGCACGCCUUGCAUAUAGUGCGGCCGACUCUUCUCAUCCGGGAAUAUCUCUUUGUUGAGCUUCUCGAUAAUGCCCAGUCCAUUCUGAAUGAAAAGUAUAGUUGAAUCGGGGCUCAGUCGGUGGCGGACCCCUCUGAUAACUUUCUCGGUCAUAUAUGACUUGCAACAGACGAUCAAACAUUCGAUAUGACCUUCCUCCUCAGGCACAGCCUCUUCACCCUCGAGAAUAUCAGAAUUCUCGUCGGCUUCGAGUUGCUCCUCCUUUGAAGGUAUCCUGUGCCACACUUUAUCAUGCAAAACUUCGACAUCGAAGCCCGUUCUGUUAUCGUCGAGGCCGUUGUAGUUAACAGCCAAGCUCCGCUUCUUCCGCCGAAACGCAUGGUAGAAUGAGGCUUGGUGCAUAAGGAGGGUAAUUGGAGGUGGUGACUGUCGUGACGCAAGCGAGUGGGCAAUGAAUGUUCCUGCAUUUCCGAGACCGAUGAUGUGCACUCGCCCCGUGAGACCGGGCGUUUUGGUCUCGCGAGAGAUAUCUUCAACAUCUUGCACCCAUGUCGACAUAUAUCUUGUUGUAGGUCCUCCACAUAAUUGUACUCGUCCUUGAAUGCAAAAAUUGAUCAGUCCGCCUCGCCAUAGCGGGCGGCGCCCCAAUAUUUGUAGAACCACUUUGAAGGUGUUUCGGGGAAGAUGUCUCCCCGAGCGACGUAUCGAACGGUGAUGGAAGGAAGUUCUGCUCGAAAGAAAACCCGGUUCGUCAGGUAUCUAAUUGAUCGCAGUGUUUUCAAAUUGGCAUUUUGUCUCCCCUAUCGUCGAAUCGAGCCUCGAGCUCCUCACGUUGACCAGAUAGUUCAGUUCGUUGCGCG